CGCCUCCCCCCGCGGAGCGAGUGCGGGUCACCGGGUCACUGGGUCAUUGUCUCCGCGCCCGAACCCCGAGCACCCCGUGGAAUCCCCCACGUCAUCAUCAGAACCAUCAAUGAGAUGCAAACAUGAAAGACAAGAGGAAGAAGAAGGACCGCACCUGGGCCGAGGCUGCCCGCCUGGCAUUAGAAAAACACCCCAACUCACCAAUGACAGCGAAGCAGAUAUUGGAAGUUAUUCAGAAGGAAGGGUUAAAAGAAACAAGUGGAACUUCUCCAUUAGCCUGUCUGAAUGCAAUGCUUCACACUAACACUCGAAUAGGGGAUGGAACAUUCUUCAAAAUCCCUGGAAAGUCAGGCCUCUAUGCUCUCAAAAAAGAGGAGUCAUCAUGCCCAGCUGACGGAACAUUGGAUUUAGGCUGUGAAUCUGAACUGGAUGGCGCAGAAAUGGCAGAGGCCAAUGCUAGUGGAGAAGGAGAUGGAGUUUGUGCAAAGCAGGUAACUGAUGAAGCAUCUUCCACUCGAGAUUCAAGCCUUACUAACACAGCAGUGCAAAGCAAGUUAGCGUCUUCCUUUCAGCAACACACCAAAAAGGCUCUUAAACAGGCUUUGAGGCAGCAGCAGAAAAGAAGAAAUGGAGUCUCAAUGAUGGUAAACAAGACUGUUCCUCGUGUUGUUUUGACACCAUUAAAGGUGUCUGAUGAGCAGUCGGAUUCGCCUUCAGGAUCCGAAUCUAAAAAUGGUGAAGCAGACAGUUCAGAUAAAGAAAUGAAACAUGGGCAAAAAUCUCCCACUGGAAAACAAACAAGUCAGCACUUAAAACGAUUAAAAAAGUCUGGUUUGGGACACUUGAAAUGGACCAAAGCUGAGGACAUUGACAUAGAAACCCCAGGAUCUAUUCUUGUCAACACUAACUUGAGGGCAUUAAUAAAUAAACAUACAUUUGCUUCCUUACCUCAGCAUUUUCAACAAUACCUCCUGCUUUUGCUCCCAGAAGUGGAUAGGCAGAUGGGAAGCGAUGGAAUUUUACGCCUGAGUUCUUCAGCACUAAAUAAUGAAUUCUUUGCAUAUGCAGCUCAAGGAUGGAAACAGCGACUGGCAGAAGGAGAAUUUACUCCAGAAAUGCAGUUGCGGAUAAGGCAAGAAAUUGAGAAGGAAAAGAAAACAGAACCUUGGAAAGAAAAAUUCUUUGAAAGGUUUUAUGGAGAAAAGUUGGGCAUGUCAAGGGAGGAAUCGAUAAAGCUCACUUCUGGACCAAACAAUGACGGAGCUGAAAGUUCGUGUGGAACCUCUGGCCUUCCAGGUCUUUCUACACAGACUCCCUUGGAAGAGCAACAGUCAAAAAGCAUGAAAAGUCCAACUUCUCCAGAGCCUGAUUUCUGUGAUACGCUUUGUCCUAUGGUAGAUGUAGGUAAGGAUGUAAUGGCGGAAUCAGAAUCAGAAGAUAUCUUGAUCCCUGAAGAAUCCGUGAUUCAGGAGGAAAUUGCAGAAGAGGUAGAGACUAGUAUCUGUGAAUGUCAGGAUGAAAAUCAUAAGACAAUACCUGAAUUUUCUGAAGAGUCUGAAAGUCCAGCCAACUCUCAUGAAGAGCCCCAAGUUGCACCUCCUGAAGAGAACUUGGAAUCCUGUGUUAUGAUGAAUGAUGUUUUAGAAAUAUUGCCUCAUAUUGAAGUUAAGGUGGAAGAAAAAUCAGAAUCUCCCCAGGAAGAAAUGUCAGUUGUUAUCGAUCAGCUAGAAGUCUGUGACUCUCUCAUUCCUUGCACUUCAUCUGUGACUCAUGUCAGUGACACAGAACAUAAGGAGUCAGAAGCUGCAUUAGAGACCAAUACUCCAAAAAUAAAAACAACGUCAUCUUCUUUAGAAGGUCAGUUUCCCAGUGAAGGAAUUGCUGUAGAUAUGGAGCUACAGAGUGACCCUGAUGAACAGCUUUCUGAGAAUGCUUGCAUCUCUGAAACUUCGUUCUCUUCUGAGAGCCCAGAGGGAGCCUGUACCAGCCUGACAUCCCCAGGAGGGGAAACCCAGUCCACCUCAGAGGAAUCAUGUACUCCAGCCUCCCUUGAGACAACGUUUUGUUCUGAGGUGUCCAGCACUGAAAAUGCAGACAAAUAUAAUCAGAGAAAUCCCCCCGAAGAAAACCUUCAUGCAUCUUUGAUGUCAGAAAUAUCUCCAAUAUCCACUUCACCUGAAAUAUCAGAAGCAUCUCUGAUGUCCAAUUUACCUUUAACAUCUGAAGCAUCCCCAGUAUCAAAUUUACCUUUAACAUCAGAAACAUCACCCAUGUCUGAUUUACCUUUGACAUCAGAAACAUCUUCAGUGUCUUCCAUGCUUCUCACAUCUGAGACUACUUUUAUAUCCAGUUUGCCACUUCCUUCAGAAACAUCUCCACUUUCUAAUUCUUCGAUGAAUGAGAGAAUGAUGCAUCAGCAAAGAAAGUCCCCUUCCCUAUCUGAAGAACCGCUCUCCCCACAGAAAGAGGAAGGCUCUGCUCCUGCCAAGCCCCUGGGAGAGAGCCUUCUCUCUCAACCGAAGACUCUAUCAAAUACUCCUGAACCCCUCAAAAUGGGGUCCUCCAUUGUUCCUGAAGCAUUUCCAUCUGAAGACUUGCACAAUAAGACUCUGAAUCAGCAGCCUUGUAAAUCACAUGUUGAAACUGAAAAGCCCUACCCUGCUUCGAUUCCAGAACUUCCUUCUAUAGAAAUAAUAAAGGUAAAAAAUCAUAAUAUCCUGCAAAGAACAGAAAAGAAAGGGGCAUCUUCACCAUUGGAGCUAUCUGUCUUUUCUGAAGAAACAGAGACUAAGGGAAAUGAGCUUCCAUCAGCUAAGUUACAGGACAAGCAAUAUGUCUCCUCAGUGGAUAAGGCUUCAUUUUCAGAAGGCUCUAGAAAUAAAACACAUAAGCAAGGGAGUUCACAGAAUCGGUUGGAGACCUCACAUUCUUCCAAGUUAUCAGAGCCCUCCAAAUCACCCGAUGGGAUAAGAAAUGAAAGUAGAGAAUCCGAGAUAUCAAAAAGGAAAACUGCAGAGCAGCACAGUUUUGGAAUCUGUAAGGAAAAGAGGGCUAGGAUAGAAGAUGAUCAGUCUACCCGGAACCUGUUAUCCAGCAGCCCACCUGAGAAAGAACAGCCUCCAAGAGAAGAGCCCAGAGUGCCACCUCUGAAGAUCCAGCUUUCCAAAAUUGGGCCACCUUUCAUUAUCAAGAGCCAGCCAGUCUCCAAACCAGAGUCUCGCACAUCCCCCAGCACGUCGGUCAGCAGUGGGAGGAAUACAGGAGCCAGGACCCUUGCAGAUAUCAAGGCCCGGGCCCAGCAAGCGAGGGCCCAGCGAGAGGCGGCCGCAGCAGCUGCAGUAGCCGCCGCGGCGAGCAUCGUCUCAGGAGCCAUGGGGAGCCCAGGAGAGGGUGGAAAGGCAAGAACCCUGGCACACAUCAAAGAGCAGACAAAGGCAAAGCUCUUUGCAAAGCAUCAAGCCCGGGCCCACCUCUUCCAGAACACUAAAGAGUCCCGGUUGCCUCCGCUCAGCUCAAAGGAAGGGCCCCCAAGCUUAGAAGUCUCUUCUGCUCCUGAAACAAAAAUUGAAGGGUCAACUGGUGUGAUUAUUGUCAAUCCAAACUGCAGAUCUCCUAGCAACAAGUCUGCACACCUCCGGGAGACCACCACUGUAUUACAGCAGUCUCUUAACCCAGCUAAACUUCCAGAAACUGCCACUGACUUAUCUGUGCAUAGUUCUGAUGAAAACAUACCCGUGUCACACUUACCUGAGAAAAUUGUUUCAUCUACCUCUUCUGAAAAUAGCAGUGUGCCCAUGCUUUUUAAUAAAAAUUCUGUCCCUGUGUCUGUUUGCAGCACUGCUAUGUCGGGAGCAAUUAAAGAACAUCCCUUUGUGAGUUCUGUUGAUAAAUCCUCUGUUCUAAUGUCUGUUGACAGUGCAAACACUACAAUUUCUGCCUGUAACAUAAGCAUGUUAAAAACCAUCCAGGGAACUGACACUCCGUGCAUAGCCAUUAUACCAAAAUGUAUCGAAAGCGCUCCUGUCCCCGUCACAGCAGAGGGCUGCAGUGUCUCGAGCCCCAUGGAUGACAAGCCCUUGCUCCUGCCCAGCAGCAGUGCUGGUCACUUAAUCCCCAGUCAGUACAACUCUGCGCCAACUCCCUCCAUUGGAAAGAACUUGCCAAACCAUCUCUCCACGAGCUCUGUCUUGAUCCCCCCAACGGGAAUUAACAGCCGAUUUCCCUCUGAGAAGAUAGCCAUGCCUGGGAGUGAAGAACAGGCCACCGGGCCCGUGGGCACCACUGUGAGAGCCGCCCUCGGCUGUAGGGAGUCCGGGGCAGUCACAGAGCCUCUGGCUGCACGACCACCUGUCGCAAUGUUUACUGGAAGCAUGCUGACGAUAAACUCUUACGAGAGUCCUCCCAAAUUAAGUGCUGAAAGCUCGGACAAAAAUUCAGGGCCUCGAAACAGGGCAGACAAUUCUGGGAAACCUCAGCCACCUGCGGGGGGCUUUGCACCAGCAGCCAUAAACAGAUCGAUUCCGUGUAAAGUCAUCGUUGACCACAGCACCACGCUGACCUCCACGUUGUCUCUAACCGUCUCCAUCGAGAGCGCAGAAGCCAGCUUGGACCUCCCGAGCAGGUCAGUGAGGACAGAAGCCUCCAUACAGCCCAUGGUGUGUCCCCAGGUAUCUGUUAUUAGCAGGCCGGAGCCCGUGGCCAGCGACGCCGUCGAUCACAGUUCUAGUUUCAUCGCUGCUUCUGCAGCAAAGCAAGAGUGUAAUAAUAAAGCGAUGCAGGCAGCCGGUUCCAGUCUCCGAGAGGGACCCCUCGUCGUUCCAGAUAAACUAAACGAGGUGACCACUCCCAGUAACUGCUUUGCCGAGCAGGCUCGUGGCCCGACUGCUUUCAAGAGUGAAGCGGACACAACCUGCAGCAAUCCGUAUAACCCGGGCAGCCGGAUUUGCUGGAAUGACGAGGGGAUGAGGAGCACAGGGCAGCCUCUGGUCAGUCACUCCGCUCCCAGUAAGCAGAAAGAAUUUCUGGAGCAGAGUGGCCCGAAGGCCAUCAAAACCGAGCACGCCGGCUACUCCCACAUGCCAGAACUUCACCCCAGGAACCUCCUAACGAACGUCACUCUCCCGGUGAAGUCCGAACCUCACGAGGUGGACAAGGGCUUUAGAAUGGACACGGAAGACUUCCCUGGCCCCGAGCUGCCGCCUCCGGCCGCGGAGGUCGCCCCCGGCGUGCAGCAGGCCCAGAGCGUGAAGGCUCCCACCCCUGGCGCCGGGGACGAGCCCAUUUCCUUGGCCCCAGACCCCCUGAAGCGAGUCCCCGGUGCGGGGAGCUCCGGCUGCCGGCUGUCGUCCGUGGAGGCUAACAACCCACUCGUGACGCAGCUACUCCAGGGCAACCUGCCUUUGGAAAAAGUGUUGCCUCAGCCCAGGUUGGGAGCCAAGCUCGAAAUUAACAGGCUUCCUCUGCCUCUUCAAACUACCUCAGCGGGGAAGACGGCACCAGAGAGGAACGUUGUGGAGCUGCCGUCCAGCUCUCCCAAUCCGGACGGGAAGGGCUACCUGGCCGGGACCCUCGCACCACUACAGAUGAGGAAGCGAGAAAACCACCCCAAAAAGAGAGUAGCCAGGACUGUGGGGGAACACACUCAAGUUAAAUGCGAGCCAGGGAAGUUGUUGGUGGAGCCAGAUGUCAAAGGGGUGCCUUGUGUCAUCAACUCGGGCAUGAGUCAGCUAGGACACAGCCAGCCGUUUAAGCAGGAGUGGCUGAGCAAGCACUCCAUGCAGAACCGAAUUGUUCACAGCCCCGAGGUCAAACAGCAAAAGCGGCUGCUCCCCUCGUGUAGCUUCCAGCAGAACCUGUUUCACGUCGACAAGAAUGGCAGCUUCCACCCCGAUGCUGGUACCUCACACAGACAGCAGUUUUACCAAAUGCCCGUGGCUGCCAGGGGCCCCGUCCCAAGUGCAGCUCUGUUACAGGCCUCUGCCAAGCCUCCGGUGGGCUGUGGUGCGUUUGCCUUCAAUAGGCAUCUGGAACAGAAGGGGCUGGGAGAGGUGGGCCUUUCCUCCGCACCUCACCAGCUAAGGUUAGCCAACAUGUUAUCUCCCAACAUGGCCAUGAAAGAAGGUGAUGACGUGGGAGGGGCUGCACACGCCGUGCCAAACAAAGCACUGGUGCAUCCCCCGCCCCCGCCCCCUCCGCCCCCUCCGCCCUUGGCCUUGCCCCCGCCUCCCCCACCGCCACCUCCGCUACCUCCACCUAUUCCUAAUGCAGAAGUCCCAUCCGAUCAAAAGCAACCACCGGUUACCAUGGAAACCACUAAGAGACUUAGUUGGCCACAGUCCACGGGCAUAUGUAGCAAUAUAAAAUCGGAACCUCUUUCUUUUGAGGAAGGUUUAAGCAGCAGCUGUGAACUGGGCAUGAAACAAGUUUCCUAUGACCAGAAUGAAAUGAAAGAACAGUUAAAAGCAUUUGCGUUAAAAAAUGCAGAUUUCUCUUCCUAUUUGCUUUCUGAGCCACAAAAGCCUUUUACCCAAUUAGCUGCUCAGAAAAUGCAGGUGCAGCAACAACAGCAGCUCUGUGGAAAUUAUCCAACAAUACACUUUGGUAGCACGAGCUUCAAAAGGGCAGCAUCUGCAAUUGAAAAGUCCAUUGGGAUUUUGGGAAGCGGCUCCAGCCCUGCCACGGGCCUGCCCGGUCAGAACGCUCAGAUGCCCGUUCAGAACUUUGCCGACAGCAGCAAUGCGGACCAGUUGGAACUGAAAUGCUCUUGCCGGCUGAAAGCCAUGAUUGUGUGCAAAGGCUGCGGGGCCUUCUGCCAUGACGACUGCAUAGGUCCCUCCAAACUCUGUGUAGCUUGCCUGGUUGUGCGGUAAGAGCCGAGGAAAGAUGCAGUAUCCCUUUUCAACACGGAAAAGCCAAACGGCGUCAGCAGCAACAAAUUGAAUAACUCAGUGGUUUAUAUCGUGCUAAUUUAUUUUACUUUGGAACAGAUUCUCUUCUCUCUCUGGGAUUCUUUACUUGCAUUUCCCAGAAAGGGGAGAUGGCGUCCCAACCAAGUGGCUCAGCAGCAUGUCUUUUACAUAUUAAGUUGCCAUUCCCAGCUCUGGAAAAUUUCUGUCCAAGUGUAUACAGGUCACUGCCCCAUUUGUUUUUUUUUUUUUUUCUUUUUUAAAUCCAGAUGUAGAUAGGAAAAGGACAUUUUUAAUUACUUAAUGCUAACCAGAAAUGCAGAUGUAGAAGGAGGAUGGUACAAGUGACUUAAAGUGGUUGGUUAUUCAUUCUUCUGUAGAUUAACCAUUACAACAAGGGUUUUCACAGUUGACUCUUCUGGACCUACCUUGACCACAGUGAUUAAAUCAUAUUUGGAAAGGGGAAUCUGAUUUAAGUGUAUGAUUCCUUGUAUUUGCUCAUAUCACAAAAGAUACAUUAAAGGAGGUAUGCCAUUAAUGAACUCCACUGUCCUUCUUCUCUUCCCUCCCUUUUUACUCUUUUCAGAGACUGGCAGCAUUUCUGGAUCUGCCUUGGACAUUGUGCACACAUUGUAGUGAAAUGUGUCUUAUACCUGAAAUUGCAGCGUGGGCCCUAUGCCCAGUAAUCUGGUUUGAGCCCUUUGACACCUGAUACUGUAGGAUCAGUUGACCAACAGAGGCCCAGAGGCCCAGAGGAUUUCAGAGCAUCGUGUGUAGCUUUUAAGAGCAAGUAUGAAAAAAUGCCCUUAAGUUUAAAGAGUAAGCAAGUAAAAUGCUGUGUAUGCAAACACAUAGAAGUGGGUUGAUAAUGUAAAUAUCAGUCCAUUCUGUUCACUCCAGUACAACUACUAGAUACUAAAACUGGGGGGAAAAUAAUCGUACCCUUUAUUGAUGACACCAGUACAUUCUGGCUUCUGACUCUGCAGAGGUUGGCCACCUCUCAAAGUGUCAAUGUUGAUGAAAGGAACUACAGAAGGCUGAAGUGAUGAUACGUUUCUGAACAAUUUUUCUCUUAUGAUUCACAAUCUACAUAAUUAUACUUGACUCUGAAAUAGCCUUUGUUUUAAAAGUUCUAGGUACUGCAUGUUUUGUUUUCUUUCGCCCCCCCCCCCCCCCCCCUCAGGUGAAUUCAGUACAUUCUUCGUAUUUGGGGGAGUGGAACUGCUUUUGAAAACGGGAUACUGCAUCUUACAAAUACCGUCAGUGUUUAUCCAGUAAAGUCUGAGUGUUGAGUAUUUGAGCUACGUUCCUCAUACUUUGACCACCCUCAUGCCAGAGAACAGCUGUAGUUCAGGAGGCUCUGUUCCCUAAAGCAAGUUCAAAAGCACAUGCACACUGUGGGAAAGAUGAAAGACAACAAAGCCACGCCCAUUUAACUUCAGAUUGCAGAGCACAAUAUAUGGAGUGCCAGUAAUUCAUUGCUUGACCAUGGCUGUAGAAUUUAAAAAAUGAAACAAAUCAUGGGGUGGGGGGUAUCCUCUGUAUCCAGGGUAAGAGUGACAGACAUUUUCACAUCAAUGUAAACUUUUGACAUUCCCUUAAAACAUGUCUUAAAACUUAACUGGAAUAAGCAGAGAUUACAUUCCUGGAGGGAGAAAAAAACACACUUGUGAUUUUUUAAUAGGAAUCAACCAUGGUACAUGUUUGUUUGUUUUCUUUCUCCUCCAUAUUUAUUAUUGUGAUGUUGCCAAAUUUUGUUAGGUGAUACAGAUGUCACUUUCAUUAAGAAGUUGCUGAUAGCGAAAGAUAUUUAGAAAAGCAAAGAACGGUCUGCCUCUGUGGCUGAGCUGCCAUGCUUCCUUCCGGACCGACCGUCACUUCUGUUUUUCACAUUGAAAUUAACAAAGCGAACGACUGAGAAAGUGAGCAGUGCACUAACCAGCCCCUCCCGAGGAAGGCGGCGCAAGUUGCAGUGGACCCGUAGUUCCCCUGCGCCAGGCUGUGCUCGGGCGGCAUCCUCUCGUGGUCGGCUUGGCUGCAAUACCAUCCUAGUUCAGAAGAGCACGCUCUAGUCCCACAGAAGGGAGCCCGUAAAAUGUAGACCCUUGCAUGCCAACUCCUUCCGAAUGCAGUUGCCGCUCUACCAGUGUCAGGUACUGGCCACACCAGCAGAUUCAAAGAUCACUACAUCAGUAACUGGCACCGUGUUGAAGAAACCCUGGUCUACGAAGCUUUGCACUCUGUAUAUGAGGUCCGGCUGAGGCGGAAGUGAUACUGAGCUCACUGUCGGUUCCAUCAUUGUGGGACACUGCCUGCAAGGUACUGGGAAUAAAGAAAAAAGUGUCCUUCUGUAUGUUUUGAUUUUUCACAAAAUAGGUGAUAUUUCACAUGAUUUUGGUGAAUCGAUUGUUGAUCGUGCAUGGAUUCUAUCACCCAGGUCCAAAGAGGAUAAUUCUUCUGUGCCCUUUCUCUCUUUUGCCCCAGCUCAAAUGCCUAAUAUUCGCAUAUGGUUUAUAUUAGUGAAAAAAUUAGUAUCUUUGGGCUAAAAAAUAAUGGAAAGAAAAAUUCAGAAGUAAAAUGUGGGUCAGAUAUUUUACAAGUGUCCACUUAAUAUACAUAUAUGAAAACCAGUAUAUUCGGAUUAGGUAAGUAGGUUCUUAGCUUCCUGAUUUCCACAGGUGUCUGCCUAUGUGCAAAUGUAGUAUGUUAUUUACUACAUGGUUAUUGUGGUGUAAUGUGCAAAUGUUAGUGUGUGCAUUAUCCUGAUCAUUGGACACUCUGAUAUCCCUAUCAGGAAUAGAACUUGCACAUGUAACAUGUAAUUUUUUUUUUUUUAUCACAAAGGAUGUAUUUCCCUAAGUAGCACUUUUGGAGCAGGGGAAAGCAGAGAACUGCUAUUCCCUCAUCCCCCUCCUCUAUGAUAUGCAUAUGCCUGAAGUGUGUAAAGACAUUUAGGUAGUUAAUGGGCAUGUUAAUAAGAACGUUCUGAUGCAAAUUCAUUUUCAAAAUGAAAAUAGUUUUCCUUCCCCAAAGUGAGAGUAGCAGAAAUGUUGGUGAACUGAGCACCAUAGUUAUAUAUAAUAUUUCUCUACUAAGGUCUAGUUUGAAGAAAAAAACUUGAAAACAAACCUAUGAGGUUGAGCCUGGUUGCUAUAAAGACUUUAUGGUGGUAUGUGUUUCUGGGAUGAGCUGUAGAGCAGGUUUAGGUGACUUCUAGACCUUGGAUGUUCUAAGUCGUUCAGAUUAAACCUACAAAACCCAACAAGCUGGUGCACAUGGUGCUUCAUAACGCAGCCAAGAUUAAGAAUACGUGAUGUUGCAGCCCCAUUUUAAACACUCGCACAGUUUCGCGAGAGGAAGUUACUGUGGCCUUGGUUUCCCGGUUCCUGCUUGGUCUGGUGAGGUUCCAGGUCACAGAAGCUGAAGCCAAGCUUAGGGUUGCAUCGUCUCUCUGGUGUGGAGGCCAGCACCGCACUAGCUGCCUGGUGGGAAUGAGCCCGUGGAGCAUGCAGAGCCCAGAGUCACUGUCUGUCUGUGUUUCUAGAGAACAAUGUGAAGAGUCCUAGAAAAGGAACUCGUCAGACUGUCAGGGGCCUAUGUAGCCAAAAUGUCACUGAAUAUAAAAAUCUUGUCUUCAGUCCUCAUGCUUUGUCACUGUAAAGCGAACAAAAAGCAUUUUUACUAUAAUUUAAAGGAGCUGCUUUUUUAUAGCACAUACUAUUUCGCUUUGUACUAUAUUUGAUAGUUGCAGAAUAAUUUAGACUGUAGAAAAACUUUGUUGUAUUUGUACUGUUCAUGAAUGUUUCCAAAAAAGUGCUUUACUUGGUUGCCAUAAUUUUCUUGUACUGCUGUAUUUUCCCCCCUGCUUCCUAGAAACCUAAUCUGAUUCAUAUUUUCAGUACAGUUUUGUUUUGUUUUUUUUAAUGUGUGUGUGUGUACUAUUUUUUGGGGUCAGUAUUCUGAAUGUUUACAUCUGUUUGACAUUAGCCAUUUAAUGCCUUUAAAAAAAAAAAAAAAAAGGCGGUAUUACUCCUACAGUGUAACAGCAAAAUGUGAAAUCAACCCAAACAUAACA